UCCGAGAAUCCAAGAAACCACAGAAAAAAAUAUUUGCGGCGGGGAGCGACUGGAGAGGGCGCCCUGUAGUUCUAAUGGCCGGCUGAAGUCGAGUCGCAGACAGGAAGGAUGUCAACAUUGAGAAUGAGGCAGAGAAUAGACAACUCCACAUAAUGACUUCAAGACUUCAAAGCCGUCCGAACAAUACCUCAUCAGAUGAGGCCUUUAUUCACCUGAGACUGAAGGAAGCCAGGGUGUCCCAGUACCUCUGCCUCAACAAUGUCAGACUUGCCCGGAUUCCGAAUGAGCUGAUCUCUAAGGUCACUUCCCUCCGGUAUCUGUACUUGAGCAACUGCAAACUCAGAGGACCUUUGCCUUCGUGUUUGACACGGCUAAUGCUCCUGGAGACGUUGGAUAUCUCUCAGAAUGCCAUCAGUGACAUCCCUGGCUAUGUCUGCGAAGGGCUGCCCCAUCUGGUCACGCUGGACCUCAGCUUCAACAAGCUAGUGACUCUCCCGAAGAGCAUCGGCGGUAUGCAGUGCCUGCAAGAGCUGAGUGCGGCGCAUAACAGAAUCGUCGUGCUGCCAUCACAGAUUGGCGACCUUUCAAAACUGAGAGUGGUAGAUCUCACAGGCAAUCUCCUACGGAGCAUUCCGGGAGAGGUGUUUGCUGGAGGACUGUGUCACAGCCUUCUCAUCUUGAAACUAGGAGGCAACCUUCUCAAGACCCUCCCACCAGAGGCUGGCCUGCUGUGCAGACUGGAGGAACUUGAUCUGAGCGAAAACUGCUGCUGUUACUUGCCAUCGACGAUGCGGUCGCUACGGCGACUAAAAGCCUUUCAUCACUCAGGCAAUGACUGGAUGAUGUUUCCACCUCACAUCCCCGGUGUCCCGGCCAAGGACCAGUCUAGCUUUGGCUGCAAGGCGUUGGAGAAACUCUACAGCUACAUGUAUGUGCACCCUCCAUGAUGGACUGGUUGAUUGGCCAGAGUUCUAUUGGUAAAAUAUCAUCUACGUGUAUUAGCUUUGAAGUAUCAAUUAACAUACAGUGGCAUUGUCA